AUGUUGCCCUGGUGGCUACCUCUAUUAAUUUGUGUCCCCCUCUUUUCUGUAUUAAUUUCCCUUGCCUUUUCUGGAAACCUUCUAGUAAUCGCAGCAAUAUUUUACGACAGAAAAUUGCGUAGACAACCAGAAAAUUUAUUUUUAGUUUCCUUAGCCAUGUCAGACUUGUUUGUUGCUGGAAUGGUUAUGGUUUUAGCGGCAGCAAACGAUUUAAUUGGUUUUUGGCCCUUUGGGGCUGCUUUUUGUCAAUUCUGGAUUUGUUUGGAUAUUGCUUGUAGUACUGCUUCUAUUUUAAAUUUAUGUGCUAUAGCCCUCGAUCGUUUUAUUCACAUUAGCAGACCAAUGCGUUAUGUUAGAUUUGUUGGAAGAAGAGUUAUUUGUUGUUCUGUUUGUGCUAUUUGGAUAAUUUCUACAGCUGUUGGAACGGCUCAAAUAGCUUUUGGUGCUACUAAUGGAUUGGAGAUUUAUUCAGUUAUAUUUAAUGGAGAUUAUUUUGGAGGGAUUAAUGAGACUGAUAAAUUUAGAUUUAUCGAACAACAACCUUCACUAGUUCAAUGUCAACUACAAUUAUCUCCUUUUUAUGCUGUCUUUUCUUCCUUACUUAGCUUCUUCCUACCAGCUACUUUGAUGCUUUUUCUUUACUACAGGCUUUAUUUAUAUGCUCGACAUCAUGCUAGAUCUAUACAAUCACAACUUAAGCAGGCUACUUCACUUUUGAUUUUACAAUUAGCCUCAGAUAGAGUACGUCAAGUUGUAGUACGUCCUUCUACUGGAUUUUUAUCCCCCUCUUCAAUAGCCCUUCACUACGAUUCUCGAAGAUUUAGUGGAAAAUCUUCCUUUGAUGGAGAAUCCCUUCAAAAAGCCGAGUUUAGCCAAAUAAACGUUGCUGUGAAUAAAUCACCAGAAAAUCAUUCUAUCGACGCUACAAUACAACAAGGAACGCCUGUACUUAGGGCUACAUUGAGACAAUUAAGAAGGACAGAAAGCAAUAAUAGUAGCGGCUUUAGCUUUGUUUCUAGGAAUGGAUUGGGUGUUAAUAGUAGAAGGGUUGGUUGUGGUGGUGGUAGUGGUGGGGAGAGAAGAAAGAGUUGUUCACCACUCCCUUCUCCAACAACAAAAAGAGGUUUUAAAUCUUGUGGGUGGACUAAUAAUAAUAAUGGCAAUGGAGGGCAUCGUUCUUCUGACAAAAAAGCACGUGUUACACUUGGUGUUAUUAUGGGUUGGUCUUUUUGUAAAUAUUUGAGAAUUCCAUUUGAGUCAACUCUCUUUAGUUCGUCAUCCAUUCAUUGUCCACUAUAUUAUAAUAGUACUUAAACUCCGAGAAUGCAACAGAGAAUUUCUUAAAUUUUCUGAACACACUAUAAUAUUGCUAUAAAUGCAUAAUAUAAUAUAUUUAAUUUAUAAUUUUAUUAAGCAAUUUUCAUUUACAAAUCUGUAUACUAGAAAUAAGUCGACGGUCAUUGGUAUAUUUUUGAAUGUCAAACUAAAUGAUUUGACAAAAUAUGUAGUUAAGGUGUAGCAAGAACAACAAUUUAUAAAUCUAAGGUUAGGGAUGGCUCCAAUAAUUAUA